AACGAUAUGAAACUCUGAGCACAGACAUGAACUUCAGCUACCUUCAACUCGGAUUAGGCCGAUAGAGAUAUCCUCCUUAGCAACGUUCUUUCGAUCUGGCUACCUCUUUCGACGAGCGUCACGGCCGUGUACCGUCUAGAGCGCAGAAAGCAUAGUGAAGACACUAAGAUGUCUGAAGUGCUACUCCGAUUAAGAGGGCUCACCUUACGGCGGGACGACGGGACCGGAUCCGCCAUCCUCAACGAUGUGGACCUGGACUUGCAGAAGAACGAUGUUUUGAUUCUCAAAGGCAAAUCCGGGAGCGGAAAGACGACGUUGUUGAAAUGCAUCGCACAGCUGAACGUAUACGACAAGGGACAGGUUCUCCUGAACGGAAAGGAGCCUUCAGAAUACGGUCUGCCGGAAUAUCGAACCAAAGUCCUAUACAUUCCACAACGUCCAUCCCUCCUCCCAGGAACCCCUCACGACUUUCUUCGGACCAUCUCGUCCUUCUCCUCCCGCCGGGGUAAAGGUAAACUGGCGUCAACGAGCAACGAAGCGUUCGACCGGGCCGUCAAGUUGGCGAGAGGGUGGGGGAUCGAGCCUUACUUGUGGGACCGGGAAUGGGCGGAAUUGAGCGGUGGAGAAGCACAGCGGUUGGGGCUCGCUGUAGGAUUGGGUUUGGGAGGGGCCGAAGUGGUGCUACUUGACGAACCGACUUCAGCACUAGACGAAGAGACAAUGAAGACUGUCGAAGAGAGCAUGCUGAGCCUCUUACCCAGCGGCAAGAACCCGGACGGGACGCUGAAGGCUUUCAUAUGGAUUACGCACGAGGCUUCGCAGGCGGAUCGGGUGGGCACACGGACCUUGGAUAUAUCACAGCAAUGAAGCAAGCUAUAUCAUACAUCGUAAUUGAUAAAAGACGAGCCUGAUGCGGACGACGAGGAAAUGGCUGCUGCGCAAACGAAACCGAUGGAGCCAGUGUCGACCCCAGCAUCCGAGAGUCGAGUUGCACGCUAUCAUCGAUCUCGUGUACCUCUUCCGCUACAUGUUCCGGCCCCCCUCCUGCGCUGCGAGGCCUUAUGACCGGCUCCAUGUUCGUGACCUCUUUCCCUCGUAACUCGACGGCCUCAGUAUCCUUGGUAUCUGCGACAUAUGUGUCGCAAGCGUUCUACAAGUAAUUGUUAUGCAUAGACACCCGCAGCUCGCGGGUCAUCCGUACAUAUCGCCGUCCUAGUCCAUUUCUGUGUCUAUUCACUGCA